CUCACCGAAUGAUCAGCAAGUUUUUGAAAAGUAAAAAAGCACUGCGUAGGGUGUUGAACGAGGACAAGGAUACGGCACAUCUGGUUCCAAAAUGGCAAGAUAUAGAAGUUUUAGAAGCAGUCGAUGCUGCUCUUUCUCCACUUGCUCAAUUUACUGAUAUAAUGUGCGCAAGCAAGUACGUAACCAUUUCUGCCCUGAAGCCCGUCCUGUAUCGACUGAAACACGAAGAGCUUGCAGUUGGAGAAAAAGAUCUUCCACUUACUGCCAGUAUAAAGAAGAACAUCAUGAAAUACCUUGAAGACAAAUAUGCGAGUGACGAAAAGCAACAGCUAAUGAAUGUCACUUGCUUUCUUGAUCCCAGAUACAAGAGUGAUUUCUUCCCGGACAACGAAGAACCUGAAGCCGAAGGUUGUGACAUUGAAACUGUGUGCGAGUUAGAUGCAGUCAAAGAGACCCUUCUAAAAGACGCAGUUUUUCUCAAGAUGCCUAAAGAGACCGUAGAGGAACACAGUAACCAGCCACCGCCAAGUAUAAGAAAGCUAAGAAGACCCUUGGCUCUCUCACAAGUAUGAAGAAGAUCAAACAAUCUCCGUCGCCAG